AUUUUCUCAAAGUGAAAGUAGAACUUGCAUUGUGUUGCCACAACAGGCACAUACUGGAAAACAGACUAUUGUCUAUUAUAUUUGAAGGUAAAACAAGAUUUCUUUUAAUCAAGACUGUACAACAUCAAAGACAGCAACAUGAUUGUAUUAUUCCAUGAACUCUAUAUCAUAGUUCAGACAGUAAUAAAAUGGUUACGACCUAAACAGCUGUUAAAACAAAUCAAACAUGGCAAACACGUCAAGUUUGAUGAUGAAUUAGAUGGAAGGAAAGAAGAAGUUGUGGAGGAAAUGGUGAUAAAAGAUGUAUGUGGUGUGGAAUUAGAAGGGAGGCCACCAGAUUUUAGUGUCGAUAAAAAUGACAAAACUGUGAACUUUCCAUUUCUGUGUGAUGAGCCGACUAUUUCACACAUUAAACACUCUAAAACUAUGUUUAUAAUGAGAGGAGUUUCUGGUUCAGGGAAAUCAACACUAGUUAAAUUGAUUGGUAAUAUAUAUAGGGAUAGUCGAAUAUGUUCAGCCGAUCAGUAUUUUAUGAAAAAUGGUGAAUACCGAUUUGACAAAUCCAAUUUAUCAAUUGCACAUGAAAAAUGUGAUGAGAAAGCAAAAAAAGCAUGUUUAAAUGGGGUACCAGUGGUUGUCAUCGAUAAUACAAAUGUCAAAAGAUGGGAAAUGUCCAGUUACUUGGCGCUGGCCUUCACAAAUAAUUAUCCUGUUGUCGUAGUACAACCAAGAACACCCUGGAGUAAGGAUGCUGACAAGUUAGCCGAACUCAAUAGCCAUGGGGUAACUUCAGAUAUUAUUAGACAAAAAUUACGAAGUUUUGAAGAUGUAGCGCCACUGUAUUAUGGAUGGUUUAUUGAUGAACAGCAGUCUAACAUGAUAUAUCAAUUAGGAAGAAAAAGUUUGGAAGAGUGCCUUAGAAUUUUCCCCCAGUUUAAGGAUUUGUUACUUUUCAAGUCUCCAGAUCUAUUAGAAGCUGUAGAGAAAGAAUUGGAUGACUGUAUAAUGAAGUGCACAGAAUGGUAUGGUUUGCAUUUCCCAGAAUUGAAGAAGCUAGUGCCAAACAGUUUGAUUUAUGCAAGAGUAGUAAAACAGUUAGGUCACAGAAAAAAUGCAAACAGUAAAAAUUUUAGUAACAUUUUACCGAGGAAACAAGAGAAUGAUGUGAAAUUUACAGCUAAACAUUCAAUGGGAAAAGACAUUUCUGAUGAAGAUUUAAUACUCAUUACUGAUUUAUGUGUUCAGAUAAUAGAACUAACAGAUUUCAAAGACAACUUAGAAGAAUUCAUAAGAAAUCCAAUGACAGCAAACUCUCCCAAAGUAACAGAACAUGUUGGUCAGGUGAUAGGACCACUUCUUAUUUCACAUGCAGAUACUGUAGAGCAGAAAAUGUAUGAAAAUUUCAAGUUAAAUUCAACCAAAAUUCUACAUUGCACAGCUAUGUUCAUGGGAACCAAAAGAAAUCCAGCUCCUAACAGUGAUACAUAUCCAAAUAUGGACAUAGUUCAAAGGUCAUAUGGGUCAGUGCAUGACCUUGAAAUCACAAGAAUAACAGUCACCCCAAGAACAAUAGGGGCCAAAGUGCAGUUGUCAAAGCAAUGCUUGAAAUUGUAUGAAAAACCUCAGGAAAAAGAAAGGGAGAUUAAUCUGAGAACAAUUAUGAACCAUAACUCUGUUUCUUUGGAAUUUGGUAGAGCUGCACAUGUUACCAUAGGAACGGUACCAGGGAUUCCCCCUGCCACAACAAAUGAGGAUUUGUUAGAUAUUUUAGAUGCAGAAAUGAAAAGUAAACUUGAAAAUAUCCCUAUUACUGUACGGAAAUGUGCCUUAGGGACAAUACAGAAUGUAGGAAAAGAUUUGUUUAUUGUUAAUCUUGAGAGUCCAAUUACUGUUCAGGGUUUAUAUACAGGGUUUUAUGGAGGCAGCUUCAACAAUUCUCCCAAAAAAUGAAUUGAUAUAUACCUGGUGUUGUUUGAUUUGGAAUAAGAAUUUGAGAAAAGAGCAUGUUUGACCUGAAAGUUUGAAAAUCAGACGAGGGGAGAUUAUAUGGUGGCUGCUUCAAUAAUUCUCCCAAAAAAUUAAUUUGUUAUAUAACUGGGGUUUGAUUUAGAACGAGACAUGGACAAAAAAGAAUGUUCCUUCUGAAAGUAUGUAAAGCAGAUAAGGGAAGGUUUUAUGGUGGCAACUUCAGCAAUUCUGCCAAAAAAUAGAUGUAUUAUAUAACUGGUGUUUGAUGUGGAACAAGACAUGGACAAAAAAUAACGUUACUACUGAAAGUCUACACAGCAAAUAUGGGGAUUGGUGGGGUAUAGAGAGGGUGGUAGGCACUUCAAUCAAUUUGAAAACAUGAAAUUUUGCAAGAAUUCUAAGAAACAGAAAAAAUUUGAUGUUUGAGUGGUCAGAGUCUUAAAAGCAUUCGUCCCAUUCUCUCCAUGCAUCAUGUGCAUUUAAUUCUUGAACUGCACUUACAGAAAUCUUCAUAAAAUUCAAAUGUCUGUCUGUUUUUUUCUGCUCUUUUUUUUCGUCACAUUGUUUGUCCAAUAAUGAAUUGAAGUUUUUGUUUUAGAUAGAAAAUCAUGUUAAUUAUGAUGUGAAAUUUAUAUAAAAACAUGCUUAUACAUGUACUAACAUGGUUUUCACCUAGAUUGUUCAGUUCACAUGUACAGAACAUAAUUAUAAAGUGAACAUGAUAAAUGUGAGUGUCCAAUUGACACAAUUUAUUGUAACAUGUAUAUUUAAUUUUUUAAGCUUUCUUAAAUUUAUGCUUAUGGGAUAAUGAAAGCAAUUAUUUUUUCAUUGUUUUAUUACAUGUAUUAUUUAGUUUUUAUGUAUAUUUUACAUAUACUGUAAAUUCCUCCUUAUCAUUUCUAUUAUUUUCUUAAUUUUGCUAAGCAUUAACUUGCUUACAUUUUUGCAUUGAUAUUAAUGUAUGUUUUUGUUUAAGAGAAAGCCUUGUAUCUUUGACAAUCUUUAGAUCAUACAUACUGAUGUUUAAGCAAUAUAACUAUAUUUUCUUAGACAAUUUGUCUAAUAUGGUAGUAUUAAAUGUGUUAUUGU